ACGCCCUCGCACUUUCCCUUCUUCCCAGACUUGUACUUAACUUAACCGACCUUUAAAACUAUAUAAAUAUUGUUCGUUCCCAAUCUACCCAAAGUCUUAUCUUUCUUCUUCGUUUGAGAGAGAGAGAGAUGGAGGACAUACCAAGUUCCAAGAGGCAGCGCGAGGACUCCGACGAGUUGCCGGAAGUGAAACGGCUGCGAGAUGACCUCUUUCUUGAUAUGCUUGAUGAUGAUGUCGAUGCCGGCGAUAGGGAUCCGAUGGUACAGGAUUUGGCCUCUGUGAUGAAGAGUUUAGAGGAGGAAAUCGGGUUGCCGGCGCCAGCGCCGGCAGUGGAGGAAGCCCAGCCGGAUCUUGGGUUUCUUCUUGGGGCGUCGGAUGAUGAGUUAGGGUUGCCGCCAGCGCCGGUGUGGUCGGAGGAGGAUGGAGAGGAUGUGGAUGUGGUUAUUGGUGGGUUGGAGGCGGAGGGUGGUGGUUAUGGAGACCAGAUCUGGGGGUUUGAUGAUGAGAUCUUUGAUGGAGGGUUAGGGUUUGGGAUGAGGAUGGAGGAGAGGGACGUCGCCGGAGACGAUGGGGUUUUGUUUGAUGGUGGGCUCUUUGAUUACUCUGAUCUUGGUUGUGGACCGUCGGAUCUUGGGGAUCGAUCUUGGCGUGUGGAGUCGCUCCCUGCCGUUUGAUUUGCUUGUUGAACGGUCGGAUGGGUGUCUUGCUUUUUUUGUUUUUUUUUUUAAAUUUCUUUUUCUAACGUUAGCUUGUAAAUUUUAGGAAAAAAGGGAAACGAGUUGGAACCGAGAAACGUGGAUGGAUUUUCGUUUUAGUUUUUAGUUUUCAUAA